UCUGACGUCAUCAGUUCGCGCAUUCACACACACUAGAAGCACGAGCUGAUGCGGAGCGCGGCGCUCACAGACGAAAAACAAGAAUGGCUAAUGCUCAAAGAUCACAUUUACCUACGAAUAUUUCAGCCAGAGACCGGGCAAAACAGUACCCAGAUUUACUGCACGAAAGUGGGGGGAAACUUUUUUGCACCCCGUGCAACAUCGUGCUGGAGCACCGAAGAAAAUCAACCCUGUUGCAGCACUUCUCCACGAUGAAGCACAGCAAAAGGUUUGCUGAACACAAAGGACUCAAACAAGUUAGGGUAAUGGAUGCAGCUUCCAAGACAGUUGCGAGGCAAACGAGAAACGAGGUUCUGAUCAUGGCCGGAUCCUCUGAGAGACACGGUUCGGUGGAGCGCAUCGGAUACAUUACGAGAGUCCAGAGUUUCAGCGCCUGUCAUCGGCUCCACAGUGUUCACUUGACCGACAAGGAGAAUAAAGAAGUGUACGGAAAGUGCAACAAUCCUAACGGCCAUGGACACAACUACAAAGUGGAGGUAACUGUACGUGGAAAGAUUGAUCCUGUAACCGGCAUGGUCAUGAACCUGACAGACCUGAAGAAAUGCAUUGAGGAAGUCAUUAUGAUUCCACUGGACCAUAAAAACCUGGAUAAAGACGUCCCUUUCUUUGCCAGUGUUGUCAGUACAACAGAGAAUGUGGCCGUUUACAUCUGGGACAACAUGGCAAAGGUGCUUCCGCCCAACCUGCUUUAUGAGAUCAAGAUAUAUGAGACGGAUAAAAACAUCGUCGUAUAUCGAGGAGAGUAGACAUCUGAGUGCUCAUGUGGUUGGUGUAGUCGCCCUAAAGUGCUAUUAAUUUCUCUCUGUUUAACUGCACUGUCUGCUUACGGAUGACUGAAGACUCAGUGGAUGUUUGUACUUUUCUAUACCACAGAUUGUCACAAAUCCAAAUGUUCAAUAUCCUUGUACAACUUUUAUUCUUGUAAAAGUGGAUGACCUUUAGACUAGUGAUCUUUUUGGUUUAUGACUGCUUAAUAAAAAGCACGGCGGUCAUGGGAACACUGUGAAACAUGGUGAAUAUGCAGAUCAUUGCUGUGGUCAAGUCACAUUAUUUAAAACUUGGUUCUGAACAGCGGUUUUAGCCUCUGUGUCCUCUGCUCUCAGUAUCAGAACUGUUUACAUGAGUGAAGUUUUAUUUUCAUCAGCCAGACUCCACCAGAAAUGGAGACAAGACAGCUGUUGAACAAGCAGAGCACAGCCUUGCACAGCUGUAGACUCCACAGUAUGCUAAUUUUAACCAAACAUUAACUCACUAUAAAUCUACAUUUUUGACUUCACUGUAUGUGAAAGUCAGUUGUGGAGGGGGUAAUAACCGACAUCACUUUGUACCUAGUUGCUUUGUUUUAUUUAGUUAGAGGACAAAGGUAUAAUAAGGGGUUCCGACUGAUUUACACCUUCAUGGUUGUUGAAGCCAUUAUUUAUGUUUACUAUGUUUCUUAAUUUUUACUAUGGACUGGCCAUAUAUUAAGUUUUGUAUUGAUCUGUAGGGGGAGCUAGGGUCCUGGGUUUUCAAAGCUCCAGGUAAUUAGGCCAGGUGUGUCGGAUGGAGAGAAAACAGUUUUUGACCAUGGCAGUGUUGGUUUGUUUGUCCGUAUUUCAAAGUUAAUGGAAAUGUUUUACUUAAAUGGACAAUGGUUAAAGGAAUAAACAGAUCGAUAUAUCCAAAGAAGAA